CUUAAACUGGAAGAUACUAAACAACCGUCAAAACUUGAUUUCUAAGAAAUUUUAUUGUUUCAUUAUAUCUAUAACUGUUGUACACUAAUGGAUUUUUCUCAUUCAAAAUAGAAAUGUGUACAGAGAUGAUACUUUAUGAAUACUUGCUGGCAUAUAUAUUACUCAAAAGUUAUCUAUGAAUAACUCGUAAAUUUUUAGUCAAAAAGCAAAUACUGCCUCAUAAAUUUUCUACUAAACUAAGAUGAUUACUUAAUCAAAAGUUUCUAUCAAAAACUCUUAUAGCAUAUACUUAAUCUUUUGUCAAUCUUACAAUAAUGAUUGGCACGGAACAAUGCUAUUUUUUUGUUUUGCUUGAUAUUGGACAUGUUUUCUUUUUUUCAUUUCUCUUUUUCUUUUUUUUUUGUAAUCGACCUACCUACUCAUAAUAUUCAUAGAUUCCUAAAACUUGACAUAUUCUUCAAAUUUUCAAUUGUGACAUUCAAAUCUUUUACUUAACUUGUUUCGCGGGUUCACGUUCACCCCGUUCAGAAAGGUGAAGUUAGUACGCUAAAAUCUAACUUCAACUUGAUACAAUGUAUAUAUAAAUAUAUCUGACACGUACAUACACGUCGGGUGAGUCAGGUUGGAACGACGAGAGCAUGAGAAAUUAAUCUUUGUCAGGAGAGAAAACCGGCAAUCGUAAUCGUCACGUUACUUACCAGUUUACAUUUACUCCAGAGAUAGUACAUACAUUUUAACAUUGCAUAUUUUACGAGUUGAUACUUGAAACGAUGAGGCGCGAUUUUCGAGUGAAACUGGAUUUCUCCAGAGUUUAUCAAGAUUCUAGAAGAAAAAGUUUGGUAUUCGUCGAAGGCGCGAAAAUCUUGUACGUCCGACAGUUGGCCGAUCAUAUUCAAAGGCUGUUUGAUGUUCCAAGACCUUUUCACCUUCUGGCCCGGUCUGAGGAUAUUUAUUGCUUUUUGCCCUUCGAGGAAGAUGUCAGGGUCCUUGAGAACAACGACACGGUUCAGAUAAUUCCUGGUACUGGAAUCAAAAAUAAUAGUGGAUUUGAUGAAACUUCGAAAUCCGCUAAUCUUCAACCGUUUCAGGAGACUGAUUCCAAAGCAAAAAAAGAUAAAGAUUCUGAAAAAUCUUUAUUUCAUAGCUCUAUGGCAACAGAUUUGAUGGCGAAUAAUACAUUUUAUCUAACGGCUCACCCGCAAACUACCCUGAAUAAAACUAAAGAAUCUAAAGCAUUUGAAGACAUUAUCACAGAUAAUAAUUCUGAGUUUUUGGACAAUGGCAUUGAGCCUGAUACAGCUGCAGUCAGUACAAGUGAACGAAAUCAUAAAAGGAAGCAAAAGAAGCCAGCUGAAACAUUUUUUAAUAAUGAACUAUCUUUUGUACAUACCAUGAACAGAAAACCAAAAAUUAUUGAUUCUGUCAUAUUGUCUGGAAAACACAUCCGAUUCAAAGAUGAUGGUUCCACAUUGGACUGCAUCACAGCAAAACAAAAUUGUGCUUUGGCGACUCAAAAUGGUCAGUUUAAUGAAAAUGAAAAUAAUCUAGCUGCACUCUUGAAUUUGAGACAAAGUUCAACACCAAUGAUUUUUGCUCAUAAAAAAAACAAGAAAAAUGAUAGUUUGAAACAAAAGAACGAACUUGAUGUAACACCAACAGAAAUUGAUUCCCAGAAUUCAAGCUUAUACACGACUAAUGUUUCCAAUAUCGAAGAUUUCACGCAACCUAAUGUCAUUGAAAAUAAUGAUAUUUCUUUCAAGGAAUUUAGAAUUUCUGGAGACUGCAAUCCACUAAAUUCUAGUCAUCAACAGUGUGAAGACACUGGUUCCAAAGAAAGAGAAAAUAAAGAUUACGAGAAAUCCUUAUUGGAUAGUUCUAUGGUAACGGAUGGUAAUAAUACACCAGAUUUGACGUCGGCGAACAAUACAUUUUAUGUAACGGCUUACCCGCAAACAAGCCUAAAUGAAAGUAAAGAAUCUAAAGCAUUUGAAGACAUUAUCACAGAUAAUAAUUCUGAGUUUUUGGACAAUGGCAUUGAGCCUGAUACAGUUGUAGUCAGUAAAAGAAAGCGCACCCGUAAAAGGAAGGAAAAAAAGUCAGCUGAGACAUUGUGUAAUAGUGAACUGUCUUUUGUAAAUACUAUGAACAGAAAACCAAAAAUUAUUGAUUCUGUCAUGUUGUCUGGAAAACACAUCCGAUUCGAAGAUGAUGGUUCCACCUUGGAUUGCAUCACAGCAAAACAAAAUUGUGCUUUGGCGACUCAAAAUGGUCAGUCAAAUGAAAACGAAAAUAGUUCUAGCUUGGCUGCACUCUUGAAUUUGAGACAAAGUUCAACACCAAUGAUUUUUGCUCAUAAAAAAAACAAGAAAAAUGAUAGUUUAGAACAAAGGAACGAACUUGACGUCAUAUCAAAAGAAAAUGAAUCACAAAAUUCAAGCUUAGACUUAUCUAAUGUUUCCAACAUUAAAGAGUGUACGCAAUCUAAUGUGAUUGAAAAUGAUGAUACUGUUUCUUUUAAGGUAUUAAAAAUUUCUAAAGACUACAACUCACAAACCUCUAGUCAUCCACAGUUUGAAGAGACUGGUUCCAAAGAAAAAAAAGAAAAAGAUUACAAGAAAUCCUCAUUUAAUAGUUCUAUGGCAACGCAUGGUAAUAAUACAACAGAUUUAACUUUGGCAGCUAACAUAUUUUAUAAAACGGCUUACCCAGAAACAAGCCUAAAUGAAACUAAACAAUCCAUAGAAUUCGAAGACAUUAUCACAGCUAAUAACUCUAACUUUUUUGACAAUGAGAUCGAGCCUAAUACAGCGGCAACCAGUAAAAGAAAGCGCACCCGUAAAAGAAAGCAAAACAAGUCAGCUGAAACAUUUUCUGAAGGUGAACCAUCUUUUGUAGAUACUUUGAACAAAAAAUCGAAAAUUAUUGAUCCUAUUACAUCAUCUGGAAAACACAUCCGACUCGAAGAUGAUGGUUCCACCUGGGAUAGCAUCACAGCAAAACAAAAUUGUGUUUUGGCGACUCAAAAUGGUCAGUCAAAUGAAAACGAAAAUAGUUCUAGCUUGGCUGCACUCCUAAACUUGAGACAAAGUUCAACACCUAUAACCUUUGUUUGUAAAAAAAAUAAGACAAUUGAUAAUUUAGAACAAAGGAACGACCUUGACGUUAUAUCAAAAGAAAAUGAAUCUCAAAGUAUCAUUCAAAAUAAUGAUACUGUUUCUUUUAAGAUACUUAAAAUGACUGAAGAUUAUAAUCCACAAAUUUCCAGUAAAAUAGUAGCAAAGCUGUUACAAAAAAGAGUAGACGGUUCUUACACCUUUAAAAUUAUUGAUGGCAAAGAUCAGUUAAAAGAACCAGAAGGCAAGUUUUCUCUUCCAAAUGAUGAUGAAGAAAGUCACAAUGAAGAGGCCAACGAUGUGUUCACCAUUGACGAAUCACGUAUUUUUGAGUUGAGUAAAGUUAAGUUGGUUCCUGCAUAAGUUAAGCGUGUUACAUUUAAUUUAAUUUUAUUACGUUAACUGAUCAAUGUAACGUACUUAUUAGCAUAUUUAAUAAGCGUGA